AUGGAAUUAUUUUUACAGGCACAUCUUUUGCUAAGUUCCGCUCCAAAUGUGUUGGACGACAUAACAUUACCACAAGAAAAAGAAUUAGAAGGCACAUUGGCAAAGCUUAUCUUAAAUGGCCGAUCAUACCAAGUUGUCGACAUUAUCUUAAAAGAAUUAUCCCAGAAAGUUUCAGUCGAUGAAAAUGAUGACUCCAAAUCUUUGUUGCAGAAGGUUAAAACGUUCAUUUCAACCCAUUUCACUACCGACAAGAACGUUUCACUUAUCUUUGCCAUUGCACUUUUACAAACUUUCCUUCAAAACAACUACACUGGUCCGUUAGCACCAAUUGAUAUAUUUUCUUUGUUCUUUGAGACCUCGUUAUCUAAUGAGACAAUCGACUCUUUAUUAGUGUCAUCAUUAACAGUUCUAGGUCAACCAGCGUAUGAAUUGACUGAAGACCCUAUCUAUUUAAUCUUAUCCCUAUUAUUAUUGGAACAAAUUACCGAACAACCAUCUUUAUUUGACCUCGAAGAUGAUAGAGAGAUUGAUAUACCGAAAAUUUCUACCGCGGAGACUCCAGCUUCCAUGGCCGUAGCACAUUGGUGGCGGGCAAGAGCAUUAAUGGCACAAUUGUCUCUUCUACCAGAAGCCACUGGUUAUCCUUCUAUGAUUUCUUCAUCCAUUUUACAAUCUAUUGAUAUUGCGCAUAUUAUUACCAAGAGUUUACCCGAAUCGACACCAGAAGAUGUCAAGAAGGCCAUUUAUGUCAUUUAUUACCUAGAAAACGUGAAAAGCUCAUUAGCAAUCAAUACCGAGCAUUUAUGUUUACCAUCAUUGACAAAAGUUAAGAAAUUAACAAACUUUCAAUUUGUAUUAACAGGCGCACGUACAAAGAGAACUAAAUUUCAACAGAAAGCUCACUCAGGGUUAAUCAUCUUAGCUAAAUCAUCUUGGAAUUUACACGAAAACAAAGAAUCAAUCAUGGAAUCGAAGACACCAGAAACGUUUGAAUUGAAUGACGAUUUAUUAUUAGAGAAACCUCAUUUUGAAUCAAUUGGAUCAGAACCAUUAGAUGAACAAAUCGUUAAGAGACAAAAAUUGGAUGAAGAUGAAGAAAAAAUUAUAGAAGAUAAAUUGUUGCCUAUGGCUAUUCGUCAAGAAUAUAUUCCACAAGAAUUACAAGAUUUGGAUCCAAAUGAACAACCAGCGUUAUCAAAUUAUGAUAAUAUUCAAUUGUUAUUACGUCUUUAUACUAUUAGACAAACAUCUCCGGCGAAGGAUCCCUUAGUGGAAGAAGAAUUGGCUUCGUUAAUCAACAGAAUUAUUUAUCAGACACCAGCUGAUAAUGCUAACGUAAAUGAGAAAAGAAAUUGGACGAUUUUUGCACGUUCCUUGUGGGAACGUUCUAUGGUUGAGACCACAAGAGCAAAAACGAUAGAAAGGGGGCUAUUACAAAUGCAAUCCUUAGUGGAAGAAUUAGGGUUAAAGAUCCAAACAAGAUUGAUUCCUCAAGGUAAUGCGAAUGCAGAUAAUGACGAAUCGCUUGCCGUGAUUUCUAGAUUGAAAUAUAUUCAUCAAUUACCAUUUUUACCUCGUUGGGAAUUAGAUGCUCAAUUGGCUGAAAAAUAUAUGUCAGUUGGUAUAUUGAGAUCGGCAGUUGAAAUCUAUGAUAGAUUACAUAUGCACUGUGAAAGUGCACUAUGUUAUGCAGCUGUUGGUGACGAGAAAAAAGCUGAGUCAAUUUUAACUGAGAGGGUAGAAAGUAAUCCGAGUGAUUCAAGGGCAUGGUCAAUCCUAGGUGAUAUCAGACAAGAACCAGCUUUAUGGGAAAAAAGUUGGUCCAUUGGUAAAUAUGUCAAUGCUAAAAAUUCCUUAGCAAGAUAUUAUUAUAAUCCACCACAACAUUCUGGAUUGACUAGAGAUUAUAAUAUAGUGUUAAAACAUUUAAAUGAUUCAUUGAGACAAUAUUCUUUGAAUUUUGAAACAUGGUAUUUUUAUGGAUGUGUUGCUUUAGAAUGUGGUAAAAUGGACGUUGCAGCAGAAGCUUUCUCUAGGUGUGUGUCGUUAGAUCAAACUCAUGCCAUGGCAUGGUCUAAUUUAAGUGCUGCUUAUGUUGAAUUGAAUAAAUUGAAAGAAGCACACAGUUGUUUAAAACGAGCCAUUGCUUCUGAUGCUCAAAAAAAUUGGAGAAUUUGGGAAAAUUAUAUGUUAGUUUCAGUUAAAUUGAAUGAAUGGGAUGAUGUUCUGGUAGCAUGUAGACAAUUGGUUGAUAUAAGAAGGGAUACAUCCGGUGAAGGGUCCAUUGACUUACCUAUUGUGGAGAAAUUAAUUGAAUUGUUAGUUUCCUCUGAUUACCCAUACUCUGGAGACACUAAUGAAACAGAAGGUAGAUUAACUCAUUAUCAAAAAUCUUGUUUGGAAUUUGUUUGUAAUACGUUACCAUCAGUCAUAACUACAAAUCCAAGAUGUUGGAGACUAGUGGCCAAAGUAGAAAUAUGGAGAAAACGUCCAUGGGCAGCAUUAGAAUGUUACGAAAAGGCGUAUAGGGCCAUUUCACAUAACCCUGAUUUAGAGAUAGAUGAAAAGAUAUGGAAUGAAACAGUUGAUGCAUGCGAAGAACUAGUUUCCGCAUAUGAAUCCCUUGGAGAAAUGGAAGGUAAAUAUGGCAAAAGCAGUUUUGUUUGUAAAGACUGGAAAUAUAAAGCAAGAUCUACGAUUAAAGGGUUGAUGAGUAAAGGUAAAGGUAGGUGGGAUGAUACCGAUGGAUGGGAGAAGCUAUUAGAGGUAAGAAAUCAAAUAUAG